AUGGUAGGUUUUGCGGCAAGACGGCUGGAGAAUAUCAAGCAAAAUGAGAUGCUUCUCAGUGAACUAAAGAAUCCCAUACCCAAGGUCGAUCCUCAAUCCAAGCCUGCCAGCAAGCGCGUUAAACGUAGGACCACUCCACCAAGCGCGCCCACAAGACAAUCCAGGCGAAUAGCGGAAGCCAGCACGAAACCAAGUUACAAUGAAGAGCUAGGAGAUGCGUCUGGACCACAGACCUCUUUCAAAACCAGAAAACAGAGUCGGGCAAACUACAACAACGCCGUCGAAUCAACAAGUUCAGAUCCUGAAUCAGAUCCUCAAACUCGCAAAGACGUCAAAUCCAUUCAAGACGGAUGGAUACGAUGGAAGGCAGAAGCUGAUCAGCCGACGCGCAAUGCUUCUGGAGAAUUCCAGUUUGAAUCUCAUCCGGAUUUUCGGCCCAACAAAUCCCCAGAAGAGAUCAUCCGCGAGGGAAGCUUUGGUGGCUCUUACUGGCGACCUUUAUUCUCAAAGCAUCUGGGAAUUACUAUACAGGAUGAUUGGAGAGAACUACCAUCCUCGUGGACUGCAGGAUUGAACGUGGAUGAAUAUCUCACCAGCGACAUAUACAAUCCCGAGAUAAACAAAUACGGCGUCGCAUGCGGGCAAAGCAUUGAAGAAUGGGAAGCAGCUGGCUGGAUCGCGCACGAGUACGACGUCAGGGGUUGGUUUCAGUGGUAUUGUCGCUUCUGGAUGGGUCGUCGCUGUUCUGAUGACGAGCGCCAGAUCAGUCGGUGGAAGAAAUGCGUUGGUGAGACAGGUCGUUGGCGACGGAUAUUGCUCAAGAAAUACGUGGCUUUGGGGAUACGGACGGUGUUCGCGGAUGAUGGGAGAGAUGAAGAUGAGGUUGAUGUGAGUCCUGUGGUGCAUCAGACUUGUCACCACUGGGCAUACGAAGUUCGGCAAGACGCCUUGGAGAGAUUCUGGGCUGAUGGAAGAUGA